AUGGUCAGCAUACCCAAACCCGAGAAGAAAAAGGACAAGGCUUCCGCCAUCAGCGUCCGCCGCAAGGCGAUGCGCACCAUUGACGCGACCCCGCCACUGUUCACCAUUGACGAGAAGCGCCCCGAGCUCGCGUCCUCGCCCUCGCGCACCAAGUCGCCUAAUCUCAGCAACAAGGCCCCCGCUUGCCGCUAUCUCGCCGAACUGCAGAUCAUGGCCCGUUCCAUCAGCUCGUCCUCCUCUGCCCCCCUCUCCUGCCUCCUCUUCCUCCAAUCUCGUCCGCCAGGUGUCGGGGGACACCUCCAAGGUCCAGUGGAGUCAGAGUGGGAGUCAGAGUGGGAAUUGGAAGACGUCGACGGCGAUUCCGGUGCAACCUGGGGGCCCGACGACCGUGAUAUCGAGGCUGAGUUCGCUUCUCCCAAGCGGGCCACCUCAUCGGCUGCCCUCAGCACCAACCCCCCGUCGUCGUCAAGGAUAACGGCGGCCGCCUACCCAUACCAUGGGUUUACCAUCGGCCAGCGCAAGGUCAAGCACUCAACGGCUGUGCUGAGAGCGGCGGCCCAAUGCCACAUGAACAAGGCGGGCUAUGCGGCUCUCAACGCUGCUUUCACGCCUGCAAGUUUGGUCGCCGACAUCCUCGACCCCUCUCUCUUCCAAGGCCGGGCUGUCGUUGAGAAGCUGGCCGACACUGGCGACCUCGACCUGACGGGUGACCCCACCCUCAAGGGCCCCAUUGUCGACCAGUCGGAAAGGUGCAACAUUCCUGGCAUCUACCUCGACCCCAACGGCCGCAAAUACCUUGGUUCAGCGCACGGCCGCCAGGCCCAGUACAUCAACAAGUCCAAGCGCCGCCUCAAGGGCAUGGCCAAACGUGUUGCCCAACACGGCUGGCCAAAGUACCGCAAGAAGAAGAGGUCGAAGGACUACCGCUACGGCCACAAGGCCGGCGCCGGCCACCCCUACUACAUGCUUUGGGUUACCACGGAACGCCGACUGGACGAGGUUACCGCUCGGCAAUCCUCCAAGAAGGCCAAGUACCGCCUCCGCGACGCGUACAUCAAGGCAGUCGAGGCCGUCUUUAUUCUCCUCACCGGCUUCUUCCGCAACAAGAGCGAGCCGAUCAAUGUGUUUGCCAAGGAGCUCGGCGUCAUCACUGCCGUUCCUAAGGUGUGCUCGUUGAACAUGGCACAGGCCCUCGCCACGGGUAACCCUUACGACUCCGAGACCGGCCGUGAUGCUGGUCUCAAGUCUGCCGCCAUUAUGCCCCGGCGCCGCGCCGAACUCCUGGGUCUGGACAAGGGCGCCACGAUCACUUUGGCAGAGUUCAACCGCACCAAGGACCCGGCCAAGUUCGAGACUGACAAUAAGCACUGCCUCGACCAGACUCGCUCGUCUUACUGGGACAACAAGCUCUCUCGUUUCGUGUGUGGUUGGACUACCGAGGGAUACCUCCUCCUCACUGUUGCACCAAUAGUUUGUGACCAUGUCCGCGAAGCACUCGGUAUCAAGGAUGAGAAGCUCGCAGGCGGUGUGCGCCUCUACUUUCCCAUUGGUACUAGGAGGCAGUACGGCAAGCUCGUCGGUCGCCGCCUCACCUACAAAAUUUGUUCCGUUAACGACACCGCGGCGAGCGGCGAGGUGUAUGUCUUUGACGGUGACCAAUUUUUGUUUACCCUCAACCAGGAGGUGUACGACACGGCAAACGGCCUACACGGUCACAAGCUCAAGGGCGCUAGCCUGCGCCAAUGGUGGGGCCGGUUCUGGUGCUGGACAAGCACCGCCUCGAACCCGACGGAGAGGUAA